CACAGGGGUGUCACCAUGAACCUAAUGGAUGAAGUAGCUGGGAUUGUGAAUGCCCCCCUCUGCAAGAACAAUAUUGUCACAGCUUCAGUGGAUGCCAUCAACUUUCACGACGAGAUCAGGAAAGGUCGUGUAAUCACCAUUUCUGGAUGCAUGACCUUCACAAACAAUAAGUCAGUUGAGAUGGAAGUCUUGGUGGAUGCCGAUCCUGUUGUGUUGCAUUCCCAAGAGAGAUGCCAUGCUGGCAGUACCUUUGUUAACUGUGUGUCACUGAGCAAAGAGGGGAAGACACUCCCUGUGCCUCAACUGCUGGUAGAGACUGAGGAGGAGAAGUGGUGUUUUGAAGAGGGCAAAGGUGGAUAUCUACAGAUGAAAGCCAAGCAACAGGCCCAAAUAGAUGCCAACUCUCAGAAGUGA